UUAAAAGUUAAGCCAUUUGGCGGGGAUCCAUUUAGUGAGAGAGUAAUUACUUCUAACGAUGUCAGUAAGUUGCUUGAUAAUAUUGGUAAUGCUCUCCCGAGAUGGACCCGCUGGGAUGGUUACAAGGUACCUCCACCCAUUUUGGUCAUCGAUGAAGCAAACAUGUUUAGCCAACUUUGUGUUUCGGAAGAGGGAAAAGUUCUUCUCAAAUCAAUUCUGAACUGGAUGGUGGUAAAUACAAAAGAAAAGGGACGCUUUCAUGUAGUACUUACCUCUUCCGAUUCAUUCUUUUUUAAUUGGAUCGCAAAUCUUUUACAUAUCCCACACGCAACCCCAUAUGUUGUUGGAGAUUUGAGCAGGGAAGAAGCCAAAGAAUAUUUUGAAAAGCAGGUUCUUCCUCGAUAUGAAUGCAAAGAACUCGAAGGCAAAUUUGACCACGUCCGCAGAAUAACGGGUACACGUAUGCUGAUUAUUGAUAAUUAUGUUCAAGAAUACCAAAAUUACGAUGGAAAGCUUGAAGAUAGCAAGUUUUCAAUUUACAGAUCAGAAUAUCUUAAGUUGAAACGUGGUCUCUAUCCUAGGAUAUUGAAAUAUUCAGAUAAGCCCAAUCCACCACUUUGGAAAGAUUAUGAUUUAAUCAAAACCAUGGAAGCAAUU